AUGGCCGUCCAACAGACCCGCAAGGUCACCCUCGUCGGCGCCACGGGCAAUAUCGGAAAACACAUCUUGGACGCCCUCGUGGCAGCGGGUCACCAAGUGAGCGUGAUCACACGCUCCAGCUCUACCGUCACCGUCCCGGAAAACGUGACCCUGCACCGCGGCGACUACAACGACGAGGCCUUCCUGGAAUCCGCCCUAAAAGGCCAAGACGUCCUCAUCGCCGCCCUGGCCUUUGGCGCAUACGACGUCCAAACCCACCUGUUCCGCGCCGCCGCCGCAGCCAACGUCCGCUGGAUCGUGCCCUGCGAGUUCGCCGCGGACCCCAAGGCCCCGCUGAACGACCACAUGCCCCUCAUGAAGGCCAAGCAGCCCUACCGCGAGCUGGUCGAGGAGCUCGGCGUCAGCUCGUGGAUCGGCGUCGUCAACGGGCUCUGGCUCGACACCAAAACGGCUGCCUUGUACGACGACGGGGACACCAAGACCAACUUCACCACCCUGAGGCGCGUGGGCGAGAGCCUCGCUGCCGUCCUGGGGUGGCCCGAGGACGAGCUUGCCAAGUUCAGGAACGACUGGGUGUACUUUAGCUCGUUCCACAUCACCCAGCGGGACAUCUGGGCGGCUGCCAUGCGUGCCACCGGCACCAAGGAGAGCGACUGGGCUGUGUCGGCGAGGCCUAGCGAGGACGUGGUCAAGGAUGUCGCCAAAGAUUAG